AUGGGUGGUGAAUCAUCAAAAAAUAAACCACUCAAUAAAGGAAAUGUUAUUCCUUUUAUAAAGAAAGGAACAGGCAUAGGUAAAAAUGUUGAUAUUGAAACAUUUCUUGCAACAAGUCGUAAGACACGUGUUCUUAAUAUAAAAGGUUUAAAACUUAAAUCUUUACCAGAAAAAACAAUUGAAGUUAAAGAUUUAUUAAAACAUUUAGAUGCUUCUGAAAAUUUAAUUACUUCUCUUCCAACAUUUAUUGGAAAUUUUUCAAAUUUAAAACAAUUAAUAUUAAAUCAUAAUAUGAUUAAUUUACUUCCAGAAGAAAUUGGAUUAUGUCAAAAUUUAACAAAACUUGAGUUAAGUGGUAACAAAUUAGAUAAUUUACCAGACAAUUUAAAAAAUCUUGAAAACUUAACAACUAUUAUAUUAUCAAAAAAUGUAUUCACUACAUUUCCAAAAGUACUAUGUUAUAUGGUUAAGUUAGAGGUUGCUGAUAUAAGUGAGAAUAGUAUAGUUGAAAUAGUUGAUGAUAUAGAAAAUAUAAAUUGUUUAGAAUUAAAUUUAUCCUUUAACAAUCUUCAAAAGUUAAAUGAAAACAUUGGAAAAUGUAAAAAUUUAAAGGUAUUAAGAGUUAACAAUAAUAAUUUAACAAUUGAUUCAUUUCCAAAGUCAAUGUUAGUAGAAUCUAAGAUUGCCAAAAUCGAUUUUGAAAACAAUAAUUUUACAGAAAAAAAUUUUCAAACCCUUCCUGGAUAUGAAGCAUAUGAGCAAAGAUAUACAGCUAAUCGCAUGAAAAUAUAA